GAGGGAGGGGAUGUUUGAUUCAGAAACUGAAAGAGAGACACAAGCAGCAUCCAAGAGCAGCCAUCUCCAUCUACAUGAAAUGUCAUGUCUGGUAUAUUCUAUGGAAACAUGAGAAAAAUGGGAUCUUCUCUGUUCAUCAUCACCUUCUUACUGCUUAACUGCUGCAGUCAGGCCAACUCCAUAACAGUAAAUUGUAUCGUGACGCAGGAGAAAUCCAUGACAUGCAUGUGGAACAAAGAAGCACUGUCUCCUGAGAACUAUUCCCUUUACUACUGGUACACGUCGGAUGGAAAUACGACAGCUGCACCAUGCACUCGCUACCUACAGGAGAAUGGGAUCAAUAUAGGCUGCUGGUUCAACUCAUCUGCUGUCAGAACUUUUAAAGAAUUCAAUGUGAGACUGAACAGCAGCAGCAAACAGGAGCAUGUACAACGUUUUCGGAACCUGCAAAAUUUGGUUAGGCUGGAGCCUCCUGUUAAGCUGCAUGUAGAGAACAGAAGUGACUUGGAGCUUCUUCUGAGCUGGGAGCCAUUGCUUGGCCAAUUCAAGGACCACUGUCUCACUUACCAGGUGCAAUAUCGCAGCCUGGCCAGCAACUCAUGGACGGUGAAGAAUGUUACUAUCAAACAGUUUUCCUUACCAAGCUAUAGCCGUGACAAGCUCUACACAUUUCACGUGAGAAGCAAAUUGAACGAAUUGUGUGCCUCCACUGUUUUGUGGAGCGAGUGGAGUGUAGGUGUUUCCUGGGGCAGAAAUGACACAACUCCCAGCAAAGAGACAUCCUUUCCUUUCAAAACCAUUGCUAGCGUUGGAUUUCCCAUUGUGUUUUUCUUCCUAGUGGUUCUGUUUAUCCGCACAGAGCGGAUCUGGGUGAUUCUAGUGCCUCAGAUUCCAAACCCCGAGAAGAAUUUCCAGGAUCUUUACAAAAUAUUCAACGGUGACUUCCAGGAAUGGACUGGCGUUUCCAAAGAUGUUGUGAAGAGUUUGAACCAUACCUAUACGGAGCCCUUAUGCAGCGUCUGCGAGGACACAGAAUGCACGGUGGCAGAGAUCAAGAAGCCUCCACCCACCUGAAGCAACUGGGAUUGGGGACUGGGGACUGGAGUUGAGGAAAACAAUGUAAUAGAGAAUAGAUUCGUUCUGAGGGGCCCAGUUCUAUAUGUGUGUGUAUAUAUAUAUAUACAAAGAAGUAAUGGACUCACUUGUGGUGUUGUGAAGAAAAUGUCUUUACUUUGUUAAGGGCAAAAUAGUGCAGACAUUGACGUGUUUUGAUCCUCUAGGGACCGUUGUCAGGAUGCGCAUCUCUUGAGGAUUGAAACUGCACUAUUUUGCCUUUGAUGAAGUAAAGGCUUUUUUCUUCGCAACACCAUGAGUGCUCCUGUUACUACUUGUUCUGUAUUUUGGGUAGCAGCCAGUGGCUCUAUGCUUGGAAGGUCAAUAUAUAUAUUAUAUAUGUAUGUAUAUUAUAUAUGUGUGUAUAUAUAUGAAUGUUGAAUGUAUUUUGGUUUUUUUUUCGAGCUUAAAAAUCAGCUGAGUGCUUGUGUUUGUUACCAGGGAUAAAAUACAGGGGCCACGUCUCUAAAUCAGCUGCUCUGUACCAAAUCACAAUUGAAGGAGAUUCAAGUCAUGAACACAGCCUAUGGAAAUCCUUGGCGGAGGCUGCAGGCAUAUAUUUUUUUAAUUGAAACAAAUAUAUAGGCACCUGAGAGCUGCCCCCCAAAACCUGCUGCCCUUAGCACAGGCCCUCGGGUGCCUUAAUAUAAAUACGGCCCUGAUCUCACACAUGGUUAAUGUCACUUAUUAAUACUUAUAGGUCUUUUUCCUUUGUUGCUUGAGCAGGAAGAUGUUCAUAAAGCUUUUAAUGACAAAGCAACUCAACAAUUCUGGGAAUAAAUCUCUUACUUUAAUGGAGUUACUCUCUCUUACAUUUUACCUGAAGAUUUUAUUGCAAGUAUUGCACACACGGUAUCACAGUGCCACUGUAGAAUAAAGGGGAUCUGUCCUUUGGUCGUUGUCUGUACAUAUUUUUACCACAUGAAUCUUAUAUGUAAUUAAAUGUAUUUUAGCAAAAAUGCAA